CGUCCAAACAGUUGAUGAGGCAUCGCUCUUCACACAAUUGCCACAUCGUUCGACCUAACGACGUGCACGUCUUGAGCUUAGCUUUACACUCUCACUUUCCUCCGUAUUGCAAGGAUGUCUGAAAGACUCAGUCCUGUCGCGUCGCUCAGGUAUUUAUUGUAAACAACUGAAGCCAGAACGCAUUCUCUACCCAUGGCCUUUGACGGUUCGCCUAGUGGACAGGCCUGGAUGGAAUCUGGUGGGCGGUGUUUGGACCACAGGUAUAAAUAGCCCGUAUGAUGUGCUGAAUACUGAUUAUGUGACAGCACGGCUGGUUUCUGGUCGCUAGGGGAAGCUCAGUCUAAAAUCCUUCCAGGCCGACCAGGCGUCGUCACGCGUCAUGAAGCCCCAGGAAACGUGAUUUCGAACAUUAUCUUCAACGACUCGUAAAUUGCAAAUGAGCCUGGCGUUUGUGCGGAUAAGGUGUUCAAAUAAACCACACUUCAGCAUGGUGGUGUGGGGAGACGUAUGACACAUCUAGGGUCGGUGACGACACUACACAGAGCGUCAUCAAGUGAGAUGUCAUUAGAUCGGUGGGCCGUGGUGAUCGAGACAACGAGUAACAGCUUCGCGAAUCGGACACUUUGUGCUUUUUGACUCUCCGCAUGUAUGUUUGGAGUUUGAGUGCAGACCUUGCCCGUCAUACCCUUGCUGUCCCAAGCAGAGCCUGCAUAGGCAGCUUUAACCAUCGCAAAAACGACGCUUUCUUCUUGGCUGUAUAAUAAACACGCAUUUCUAGACGCAGACGACUAGACUGCAAAUGAUGCCUAGUGAAAUCUACACUUUAAAUCAAGUCAAUCUGAAGCUCCAUGCUGUCAGAACAACAUACGGAUCGCAAUGAGCUUUACAUCUGCAGCAGCACAUUCAUCGCAGACAACUACAGGGGCAAGUUUUUCACCGACCACUGUUGCAAGCGGCGUGGAUGACGGGAGUGUCCUGCUCAUUUCAUCCGCGGUUAUCCUGUUGUUGUCGGUUAUCUGCGGCAUCGUCGGCAAUGUUCUCGUGUGUGUGAGUGUGUACCGAAAUCGCAACCUCCGGACAGCCAACAACGCCGUGCUGGUCAACCUAGCCGUGGCCGAUUUGGUGGUAUGUUUCACCGGUAUACCAAUCAUGCUGGCCGAGGUAUUCAAUAGUUUCUCUGACUGCCAUCCUUACGGUGGCAUCAUUUGCCCGGUUCAGACUUUCUUCCACGUUACCAGCAGCUCCGUCCAGCUUGUCACACUGGUGUCUAUCAGCUUCGAGAGGUACGAAGCAAUCGUACGCCCCUUUGAGACCAAGAAAAAGCGCCGUCGGGUGAUAGUGGGCACCACGUUGUCCUGGAUCAUGGCUAUCGUCAUUGCUGUACCCGCUUCUGUUCUCCUCAAGAAGUCCUCAUUAUACCUGCUAUGCACAUGUCAACUCCACGAGCAACCAUCUGACUAUGUCCACAUUCUAAUCAUUUCCCCCCUCGGCAUUGGGUGUUUGGUGUGUGUGGUGCUUUUUUAUCUGAAAAUUUUUCGGACAGUACGUAAACACGUCAAAGAGAAACACCAGUCGCGUGAUAGCUACUCUGGUGAGACGAGGAGGACAGAGAAGAGGUUACAGAAUUUGCUACGAUCAUAUUGUUGUUGCUGUUGCAGCCGGACCAAUGUCGUCGGUGCAGUGUCCGACCUACCGGGGCAACCGGUAAUAGCAACCAACUCUACACCCCCAACUCGCAAUAUGAUAGACAGACCGUCCGUCAGCGGGUUGCAGAGUGUACAGAACUGGGCAGAUAACAGAAUAAAAGACACAAACGAAGAAAGCUACGGAGGGAGAUCGUCUCCCAACAAUCCCGUAGGAAUCGGAGAGCAAGCGGAGCGAAGUGUAUCGCCCGAUACAGGCGUAGGAUCGUUUGGGGCACCCCAGGAGAACACAGAUAGGAAGCAAAUUGUGAGUGCGCGCCAGGAUGACCCAGUGAAAGGCCCUGCGAGCAACACUCUGCAACCGAAGGCGUUGGUAAUCGCCAUCGUUCCAGCUACUCCGUCAGGCGUCAGCCCGUCUGCGGAGGAGAGACCCCAACUGCCUGACAUGGCUAGCCAGCGGGUUUCCGUUCAGGAGAAUAGCGCUAGCCGACGUAAAUCGGGCGACAUCCAGGGCUCCGUCUGCGUCCUGAACCCCGAAAUGCGCAUCAGGGGACGGCGGAAUCUGGAAGCUAAGACAGCCAAGAGGGCCUCCUACAUCAUCGGCGUCUUCAGCUUGUGUUGGCUGCCGCUCUUUGUCAUGUCCUAUGUUGAAUCAAGGACCGAGGUGGAUGUUUUUGUGACUUGUAUCGCCACAAUGAGCGCUGCCCUCAAUCCCAUUGUCUACACAGUGGUCAACAAGUCCUUCAGGACAGAAUUCGUCAAGAUAUUCCGCAAACUAACUCGGUGCUGCCCAGAGCGAUGCAAGUGGCUCCCCAAACCAUAAAGGUGCCCACCACUUGUUCUGGCGUCCCUUUUGGAUUAAUGACAUUGAAAAGUGCACUUUUUAAACAUAAAAUGACCCAUGCCUUCCCCGACAAAACGAGGGCGUUGCUGCUAUAGGUUGUCAUUUAAAGAAGAUAGGUUUAUUUAUUUUUUUGUCCAUUUAAAGUUACUCACUGACAAAAUGUUCCUAAAGGUUUACCUCACUGGCCUACCGUCAUAGUUUUAAACAACAUCAAAUAACCAAAGAACACAAUCAUCAAACGUGAUAUUUCAAGUAUUGGCAAAUGGCUGUGCUAAAUUAGAAUUCACACCGAGUUUUUUCCUGGUAUGGCAUCACAUUUCUACUCAAACUAUAAUUACGUACGUAUCAAAAGGCGCCAAAAUUCCUUUACUGUAUGGAAAUAGUGCCUGUACAACGACUGCAUAAUUACAGUUACUUACAUGGGCCUUGUCCCUUUCGCACAAAAUAUUAAUAAAUAAAGCAUCAUAGUUUUUUACAGCUUUGUCAUAAUCAUCUGGUGGUGUGCAGAUGUUUAUACCUGCUUCGAUUUCUAAGCAUUUCAACGUUUGUCUCCCGUUCCUUUACAGAUUCGAAGACUUUUCUUUGUUUUCUGUACAUUUGUGUGCACGAAAUACCUGAGAGUUGCAACUUGCUGUUUCUUGACGUUUGUGUGAUGGUGAUUUGGGUCUACGUGUUUCUUUUACCAACUUUUGCCCGGCUUUAAAUCAAUUUUGUGAUAAGGUUGUAUACUUGUUGCACAGCAAUCUUGGUAUCGAGAGGGGUGUCUAUUUAACACCCGAGUGUUAGCGAUGCGGGCAGGCAGGGGCAGCGUCGGACUACAGAGAUUUGGGCUUCGAAAUCCAUUGUUGAGGAGACGAUACUGACGAGGAUUCACACUUUGGGGCCGUCCAUAAACUACAUAGGUACAAAGUACCGUCUUGAGUCCCCUUACCCCGGAAGAAACGCAUUGUCUACCUGCAUGCUGGAAAUAUGCAAAUGAAGGCCAGUUGCAUAUGCACAUUCCGGAGCAUGGCAAAUGUGUCACACUUGCUGGCUAGUUGAAGUAAUACUUUCAUUUUUGCGAUGUUUUAGUAUACAAGCAAUGAAUGAUAAGUGGAAUCGACCGUUUCUUCUGCCUCCUCAUGCAAUUAUUCUUACCAUUGCACGAAUGCGAAACAUUCAUUAGUUAUUUUACACAGCACCUGUAUAAAUCCUUUGCAUUUGAUUUUCUGCGCACAGCCUGAUUAUUUAACUAAUUCAAACUGGAAGUUGCCAGUUGUGAAUCUGUUAAUUUUUCGACGUGAUAUUCCGAGCUCCUUUAAUCGUUUGGCAGCAUUUUAUCUGCUUCCAAAUGUUGGCAGUAUCAGCAUUACUUACAAAAAAGUUCUUAUAAUUAUUUGGUAGAAUUGUGAACGGCGGAGCUUGAUCGCUCGUCAUUUUGCCAUAAAGAAACUUGCACCACUAGAAGCUGCAGUGCAAUCGAUCCGCAGGUGUCGGGUACCAGCUAUGUGUUGGUAAAAAUAAUUCAAUGCCAUGUGAUAAACGAUUCACCAAUCAAAUGACGGGGAUUUAUGCAGGUGUUGUAUAAUCUCCGCUGUUAAUUUCAUGACAAAAGUAAAUCAUCGCUAACGUAGACCUAUGCAUGCGUUGGCUCUGACGCCCUCUCCCUGUGCGCAAUGGCCGGACCACGCUUUGUUGACGACCCCCUCCCCACAACCUCCUUAAGCAUGUGGACGGUAGCUUUGCUGGUUGGCUUCUGCGCAUCUACAUACUUUAUAACGUACUCAUAUGGUAGGAGGCUGUUCCUGGUCUAUGCACUGCCGUUCAAACUCCAUAAUAAUCAUUAUUGUGGGAACCAGACGUUCCGUAAGCCUUCCAUUUCCUUGUGCAUAUUAAGCUCGAUUUCUAUCGAGAACCACAUUUAACCCGAUUUUACAAUUCAGAAUGCGCUCCACCCAGGAAAGGUUAGUUCCUUGACUCGCUACUGCCCAUAAUAAAUUGAUAUUGUUGGCUUUCAUUUUGCCCAUUUUAUCCAUCCAUAAUUUAAGUCCAUCAACAUGUGGUUGGUGGAGUAUAAGAGUGCCAAAACACGUACGUCACUGUGGUUACCAUGGCUGCAAAAACGAUCAGGGAUUUGUAGCCUCAACUAAGUAAGUGAUAUUUCACGAAGCCGUUGCGCAGAAUUCCAUUUUCCUCUCAUGUGUCCUCUCAUCCUGUAUAUUAAAAGAAAAAAACCUGCCUGUGCUUUCUGCAAUGCAUUACUUGAUGUUUACAGUAGGUUUAUAUCAAUAAUGUGGAAUAUGGUGUUGUGUUCCUCAAGUAAUGUUACAUGAUCGCAUACUAGACUGAUAUUAAUGCUUCAAUCAGUGAUGCAGAUUCCGGGUGUUAAGAUUUCCAUUGAUGGGGUUGGUUGGCCUAUGCACUAAUUCCUGUUCGGACAUUCGUGCUAGGCCUCGAUGUCUCCUGAACAGGGCCUAUUCUCGACAUAUAACGACUGAAUAAGGUCAAUAUAAAAAUAACGACAAAGAUGUCAAUAAGUCUGCCCUAUGUUAUUUUCGGAAUAUUCAUUUUUUUAAAAGAGUUUUGAAUACUUCAUUCAGGGUCAACACUAUGCGUUUGUCCUCUUGUAAUAGCUUGUAAUAGGUAAGAGCUUGACUAUUUUGUAAGUACAAUACUUAAUAUAAAAUUACUUUAUUCAGCGACAAGGUUGUUGCUCGCGUUGAGAUGGAUUACUGGGUAAAGAAAGCCAAAGGAUUUUGAUAGUAAAUAAAAAAACAUUUUUUUUUCAAAAGCUCGGGGGGCAAUUUGUAAGUUUAUGUUUGAGGAAGAGUGAUGAGUGUCUGAUCUUCUCGUGCAUUUUUUUCGCUCCAAGACAUUUACACGAUGCCACUCUAUAUAGUUACUUUGUCUGUUUAAAAUCUGAAAAUUGCAAGUUUAUUCUGCUAAGCGCUUGGUAGACGACUGGUGUGUGAUUAGCAAGAUACAUUUUGAACAUUGAAAGGUUGCCGUUAUUUUAGAGUGAAAAUAUCGCUAGUAAAAGGUAUUUAGAUGGUAAAACUAAAAUUCUUGCUAAAAAUUUUAAAUAAUUUUCAUUC